UGUCCCAGAGGUAGCGGCGAUUUGACGAAGGAGAUGUACCUGACGUGUGCUCAGUGUCACCGACAACGCUGACAAAUAUGUGCACUCUGUAGCUGCAAACAACCUUCACUCGUAUCCCCUUUUGAAUGUAGCAGGAAAUCGAUGGUGCGUACGUAACGCGUAUUGACCCACAUGGCGACCAGAUGCGUUACAUCCCCUUUGCAAGGGACCCUUGUGUUGUGAGUGAGAUUGGCAUUGUCAGCAUGCAGCAGUCAGGGGUGUAUAUGACAUGGUUUCUACGCGUCAUUUCUGCUGUCGUCUUUGCCGGGUUGGUUUUUCAAGUUGGAUGGCAGUGGGAUGGGUGCGAUGUCAUUGAUACCAUGCGCGAUCCUGAUCCUGUGGCUAGGAAUGAAAGCAGGACUGGUAUUAGUAAUGUCCAGCGCAUUAUGUGCUGGAAGGCGUGGCGGACAAGGGUCAACCACUCGCUUGAGCGGAUGGGAAACGGCAGGGAUGGAAAUGACACGAGUCAUCCUUCGGUUACGAUCUUUGCUGCCCCAACGCCACCAUUCACGAGGAUCCAGCAUAGCCGAUUGCACAGAGCAAUCGCAUCGUGGUUGAUGUUAGGUCCCACCGUUCGUGUUGUGCUGCUAAGUACCUCGCAGUCCGUGCAUGCUGUGUGUCAAAAAUUCAAAGAAAGAUCUGGAGGCAAUCCCCCUGUCGUGUGUGAGUCAGACGUAGACACCACAUUUGAUGGGGUGCCGCUGUUAAACAGUGUGCUUGACCGUGCGAGAGCUGCAGAGUCUGAGAUUGCCGUGUUCGUUGACCCUGCGGAGCUGAUACUGCUCCCAUCGCUGUUCUCGGCGUCACUGAAAAGGGCACAGCUGUUGAGUGGCGAUUGGUUGUUGGCAAGCCCAUCGUGGAGGACUGAAAAUCUGACUAGUCUGGGACUGCCAGCAAAGGAGGAGGAGUAUUCUGCGCAUCCAUUCCCUUUGUUCUCGUCAUUGGCCGAUGAGGACGUGCGGAGUUGCUUGCGUGCAACGGGUGCUCUUUUCCAGCGAUGCGAAGGGAUCGGAGUGCUGGCCUGGAAUACAGGCACAACACCUCUGCUGUCAGGGGUGACUCCCCCCUUCUUCAUGGGUUUUAGAGGGUACGAGGGAUGGGUAUUAAGCGAGGCAAUCAACUCAAAGAUUCGCCGCGUCGUAGAUGGGAGUGAUGUCAUCACCGCGAUCGUUGAACAAGAUGAUGCGGAGCGGCCACAGGAAACCAAUAAGGACAGCCUGUCGUUCUGUGGCGGCAUGCUGAAUUCGAACUUAACUAGUAGUGGAAACGCGAAGCCAGUUGAGUUGCAGCUUGCAACAGGCACUUCACGCUGGGAAGAGGAUGUGAACAUGUACUGGACGGUCGCAUAUGGACGGUAUUUUACGAGCCAGCGGACGCUCGAGGAUGCUCCACUGCAAAUGAAGCGAUGUCGCACUUCCAGAAGAUCUGAGAGCAGUCGUGUUUGCGUCGUUCACAAGAGGAAAAAGGGCAGUCUGCAGUGUGACAUGUACUGCAGGCAAGUUCGAAGGAGAUGCGACCAAGGUUCAGAAUGCAGCAGCCAGGAAGGAGCAGGAUCCCUGGCCCCAAAUGGUCCCAUGGUACAGGGGGACAGCUCUGUCGAGCUCGAUCAGAUGAAGGCCGGCAGGAAGGAUUAUCGCGCCCAUCGAUUAUUUAUCGCAUCGGUUAGCGUGUUCACUGCCAAAGCGUCAAAACGGAAAGGAGGUUUCCAGAAUAGGGACUCUGGGUGGUAUUCUGCAUGUGAUUGCCAGCAGUUUGCGGGCAUGUGCCCUCUGCCUGCUCUGCCGCACCCGUCGACUGUGCUGAGGCGGGUGUCGAUGCCCCACGACAUGCAAACCUUGGCAAGGGGAGCAGCUGCAGGCCCAGAUAAGUUGCUGGUCCUCACUGUCGCGGCGCUAAAUUAUGCAGAGUUCCUGUUCGCUUGGGUAUGUCGAAUGGAAGCUCUACGGCUGCGGAACUACAUCAUCGGUGCCCUGGACGACGAGCUGUACCGUGUAGGUGUUCUCCACGGCUUACCUAUCUUUCGUGUCGGAGAAGCCGAGCUUGACGCAGGUGUCAGCGUGCCUGUCACAGCCAUCAAUCCAGACGAUAACGCAAAUAUGAGCUGGUUGGAACGAGGAACCACACUUGACAGGCUCACAGAGCAACCGAAUCAGUGUUAUUUCGGCACGGAAUGCUUCACGAGACUGACAAAAUACAAGUCGAGGGUGGUGCUUCAUCUUCUGAGACAAGGGUACAAUGUUCUUUUCUCGGACGUGGACGUCUAUUGGUUCCAGAACCCUAUCGGGAAAAUGUGGUCGUAUGGACCGGGGCAUCUAGUGGUGCAGAGCGACAACUACAACGAGACAGGUCCAGCUAACGACAUCCGACGGGUGAAUUCCGGCUUUUACUUGGCGCGAAACGAUACCGGAACGGUGACAGCAUUUCAGCACAUAAUUGUGCAUGCCCUCGCGUCCAAGGGGUCCGAGCAGCCCAGUUUCUACGCCAAUCUGUGUGGCAGCACCGGGGAGUACCGUGUGGGUGACGACCUGUGUCGGCCGCCACUCUUUGGUAAUUUGACUGUAGCGUUUCUGGACCGGAGUCGGUUCCCAAAUGGCGCGUCGUACGGUAUCUGGGACGCCGACGACCCAAAGUCGGUUUGUGAGCAGAAGGGAUGCUUCGUGCUGCAUAACAAUUGGGUCUCUGGGCGUGAGCUUAAGCUGGAGCGCCAAGUACAGAAGGAUCUGAUGGCUUUUGAUAUGAGCAAGCGCUCCUGCAAGUGGAGUUGGAGAAAUGAGAAGACUGAGCGGUCAUACUGACACUGGCAAUCGCGCAGGGAUACCAAAAAAAAAAAAAAAAAAAAAAAAGCGAGAAAAACAAAAGUGCGGAAGUCUGACAUAGGGAGGUAGUGACAAUAAACAAUACUGGCCUCUUUCGACUUUGGUAAUCAGCAUGAGCUCAGCCGUAAACUCCUUCAAUGAGGAUCCAUUGGAGGGCGAGUCUGGUGCCAGCCGAAAAGGAGGAGGGGGAGGGGGGAGAAAGUGUGGGAAUCUGCACGAUGGGAAUGUGCAGUUAUGGGCCUCGCUGCACUACUCUCAACAUGCACAAAAGACAAAAAUAUUGGCCGUGUAUCUUUCCAUAUUCUAGCGUAAGAUUCUCUCGUUUUGCACAUUUCGAGAGUAGUGCAGCGAGGCCCUAUGUGUGUUCAAUGCGGUAUGGAAGUCAGGGCCGGCAAAUGUUUUCUCGUUGAUGCCUCAUGUCCUCACGUCUGGUCGACGGGUACCCCCACUCUUUGUCCUAACAGCAAUUUCAUC